AUGGCUUUUCCUCGUGCCUUCCUCCUUGGCUCCCGACUGGCUCUCUCUCGCUUCGCACCCAUAGACUGUAUGUUCGCGCCUCUCCAGUCAAAGAAGUCUUGUGUCGCUCUUGCGCUCUCUCGUGCUGCAUUCACUGUCGUCGGACAUUGGAACUUCACACUCGUAACUGUUACAUUUUUCUAUCAGUUCAUUGCUGCCAGUUGGGGUGGCAGCAGGGGUGGCAAGGAUUAAUUUUAGGGUGGCACCUGCCACCCCGGUAGAUCCGCCCCUGCUAAUAGUGUUGUUCAUACAAAGAGGUGGGGGGGGGGGGGGGGGGGGGGAGUGCCUCUGUGUUCGUCAGGGAGAGGUGAGUACAGUCGAGGCUACUACAAUAGGCCCCAGACCCAAUAUUGCGAGGAUUUGAGAAACCAAAAGAAAAAAGAAUAAAAAAAGGGGUAACCCUAUUGCAGUGGGGGUGUCAGUUGUAUAAUGAAAAUACCUAAAACCCCUUUUCAUGCAUGGCUUAACAUGUUUCUUAAUGCUCAUUAAGCAGUCAAAAAAAAUUCUAAAAAAAAAAUCAUGCUCAAAGUGUCAGAACAAAGAGGAAAAAAAAAACCAACCAAACAAAUACACUGAGCCCAUUCAAAGAGCAACACUGCUGCCCGGACAUUGAGCUGUCGGAUGUUUGUCUGAGACCCUACUAUCUGCCACGGGAGUUCUCACACACCAUUGUUGUGGUUGUGUACAGUGGAUAUAAAAAGUCUACACACCCCUGUUCAACUGCCAGGUUUUUUUCAUGUAAAAAGAUUAAAUCAAGAUAAAUAAUUUCUCAACUUAUUCCACCUUUAAUGUGACCUAUAACCUGUACAUUGCAAUUGAAAAACAAACUGAAACCUUUAAGGGGAAAAAUAAAAAAUAAAAAAGUUAAAAUAACCUGGUUGCAUAAAUAUGCACACCAAUACCAAUACUUUGUUGCAGCACCUUUGGCUUUUAUUACAGCACUCAGUCUUUUUGGGUAGGAGUCUAUCAGCGUGGCACAUCUUGAUGUGGCAAUAUUUGCCCACUCUUCUUUGCAAAACCGCUCCAAAUCUGACAGAUUGCAAGGGCAUCUCCUAUGCACAGCCCUCUUCAGAUCACCCCACGAAUAUUUGAUGGGAUUCAGGUCUGGGCUCUGGCUGGGCCAUUCCAUAGCCUCAAUCUUAUUCCAGUGAAGCCAUUCUUUUGUCGAUUUAGCUGAAGAAAAACAGCCCCAAAGCAUGAUGCUGCCACGACAAUGCUUCACUGUGGGUAUGGUGUUCUUUUGGUGAUGAGCAGUGUUGAUUUUGCGCCAAAUGUACCUUUUGCAAUGAUGCCCAAGAAGUUCAAUUUUGGUGUCAUUAGCCCAUAACACAUUUUCCCACAUGCGUUUGGGAGAUUUCAGAUGUCUUUUUGCAAAAUUAAGCCAGGCUUUGAUGUUUUUCUUUGUAAGAUAAGGCUUCCGUCUUGCCACCAUACCCCGUAGCCCAGACAUAUGAAGAAGACAGGAGAUUGUUGUCACAUGUACUACACAGCCAGUACUUGCCAGAAAUUCCUGCAGCUCCUUCAGUGUUGCUGUCGACCUCUUGGGAGCCUCCCUGACCAGUUUUCUUCUUUGUCCUGUUCUUGGUAAUGUCACUGUUGUGCCAUAUUUUCUCCACUUGAUGAUGGCAGUCUUCACUGUGUUCCAUGAUAUAUUUGUUUCCUUGGAAAUUAUUUUGUAGCCUUCACCUGACUGAUAUCUUUAAAUAAUGAGAUCCCUCUGAUGCUUUGGAAGCUCUCUGCGGACCAUGGCUUGUGCUGAAAGAUCUGGCUACAAAAAUAUCAGGAAAAGCCUACUAGAACAGCUGAACUUUAUUUGGGGUUGAUCAGAGGCACUUUAAUUGGUGACAGGUGUGCUGACUCCAAUUUAACCUGAGUUUGACUGUUAUUGGUUAAAUGUGAACACAGCCACAUCCCCAGUUAUUCAAGGGUGUGCACACUUAUGCAACCACAUGAUCUCAGUUUUUUAUUUUUACUUCACCUCCCUGAAAGACUUCUGUUUGUUUUUCAAUUGUGUUGUACAGGUUAUAGAUCACAUUAAAGGUGGAAGAAGUUGUAAAAUUAUUCAUCUUGAUUUAAUUUUUUUACAUGACAAAAACCUGGCAGUUGAACAGGGGUGUGUAGACUUUUUAUAUCCGCUGUAUAUUCCUCCCUCUGUUAACACUGAUGCAGCCUGUGACAUCAUCAAUACCGUGAUCAACAGGCUGCAGACUCAGAGCCCUCAAGCCCUCUUACUGAUCUCUGGGGACUUUAAUCAUGCCUCUCUGUCCUCCACUCUGCCAAAAUUCAUCAACUAUGUCACGUGUCACCAGAUACAAUAAACACUGGACUUACUCUAUGCCAACACCAAGGAGGCAUAUAACUCAUCACUCCUUCCCCCUCUGGGAAAAGCUGAUCACAACCUGGUCCAUCUCCUGCCUGUUUACAAGCCCUUUUGUGAACAGGCAACCAGCUGUGUCCUGCACGGUAAAGAGGUGGCUGUAGAGGCUCUAAAGGACUGCUUUGAAACACUGAGUACAUAAACUUCUGUGUGGAGAAUAUUGUACCCACCAGAACUGUACGGUACUUCUCUAACAACAAACCCUAGAUUACUCCUGACAUUAGGGCUCUUUUAAAGGAGAAGAAGAGGGUCUAGAGGUUUUAAGUCAAGGAAUAAAGAGGAGCUGAUGACUGUUAAGAGGGAGCUGAGGAGGAAAAUCAGGGAGGAGAAGUACAGCUACAGGAAGAGGAUGGAGGAACAGCUGAAUUAGAACAACACCAAGGGAGUCUGGAGAGGCCUGAAAACCAUUGCAGGCCAUCCAGGGCCGUAUGCACGUUGAAAGCGUUUAGCGUAAACGCGAUUAGAGCUUAAACGCGUUUAGUUAUACGGGCCUUAAACGCGUUUAGUUCCUAUACCAUUUUGGUAUGCACAAUGCUGUAAACGGAAACGUAUAGCUAACCGCGUUUACCGUGUCUUAAACGCUAAAGAUGUUUAUAGAAUUGGGUCAACCGGUCUGUUUUUAGUGUUGUGUACUUUCGGUUGAGAACGGCCAUUUUCAACCAUGGAUAAGCCGGCUAAACGUGCACGGAAGUCAAAUUUCAGCGACGAAGAAGUCCGAGUACUUCUUGAAGAAAUACAACUUGAGCAUGUAACGUUAUUCAGCAGCCACAACGCAACCAUCACGAGGGAGGUGCAAAAAGAAGCUUGGGCGAGAUUCCUUAAAGGCACUUGGCAGUAAAUUCAACAAAAGUGCUUUUUGUCUUUUUUCUAUGCUCCUUUGGGUUCCAUUUUGUACAGUUACACAGAUUAGACAGACCUCCUGCAACUGUUAAGGAAUCUGAAUCAAUAAAAUAAAAAUUAAAAAAAAAAAGGAUUCCAAUCCUAACCCUACAUCACACAAGUGUUCUAUACUUGUUGGGUAAUAUUACAGUACACAUUAUUAAACAACUAAUGCACUGCCUAACAUGGCGCAAAUAAACCAUUCAAUGGCCAUACUACUGUCUGCCAAACCAAUGUGCUAGAGUUGACUUUCUAACUGGCCACUGAAAAUCAGUGAUUUGAGUGAGUUCUGCAAUAAUAAAAGAGUAAAACAAUUACACAAUAAUUACUAUUGUAAAAAGUACAGUAAACAGCAACAACAAAACACUCUCAAUGAGUAACCUAAAGUGACACUUUCAACAGUGCAAUCAAUGUUAAGGGAGGGGAGGUGGCGUUAGACUUGUCGGUGAUGUGGUGUACUCUUUUUAAGUGGGUCUGCAUGUUUGUCGUGCUGCCGUUGUACGGCUUCUUAACGCGGCAUUCUUUGCAAAUGACGGACGUUUUGUCGAGCUUUCCGUCUUUCUUUGCAAAUCCGUAGUGUUUCCAAACAUAUGAUUUAAACGUAGCGGGUGCAUUACAUAUAAACUCUUCCUCGCUGCUGCUCACUUGAAUGUGGUCCAUGCUGUUUUACUAGUAGUGCAUUGUAUGUCCCUCACAACUUCCGUCCAUAUUCAAUACAAAACGUGAAAUAAUGAUGGUGCAUUCAAUGUGCCUGGGGAACAGCAGAUUGGGUGAAGUUUAACAUGAAUAAAACGGCGCUUGCAUCGGAUUUUACAGAUACCCACCAACGCAUCUAAAUGAAUCUAGAUUUAACCCAUCAAUUGCAUCGAUACCCAGUGAAUGAGCCGACGCAGUCGCAUCGCGCACAUGCGCAUCGAUGCAUCGAUUAAUUUAGAUUAUUUUCCACACCCUUAAUACACACACAGUAAUGUGAGUCAUUUUAUAUCACCCCAGUAAAAUGGUCAAACUAUCAUUACAGAUAAUGAGUCGUUCGUUCAAGUGGAGAGUUCGGAUGGAGAACCCCUUUUCCUGGUGGUGCAGCAAGACAACGGCGACGUGUCACUUGAGAAACUCAGUGGAGUGCCAGUCCCUCGGCCUGUCAUUGUAGAGGAGGAGAAGAAGAAGAAGAAACAUGAUGUGAUGAAAAUGCAGAAGACACCGCGUACUUCUAACACUAAGAGUAGUGACACGGAUAAUCAUCAAGAAUUGAUGAAUCAGUAUCUGAGAAGUGAGAUUGAAACAAACAGACUCAAGCAGGAACUGCUUGAGUUGAAAAAAAUCAAAACACGCUUGGAAAUUGAGAAACUGAAGCAGAAAUAG